CGGAGCAGCUUCUCCUCCUCCUCCUCUUCCUCCUCUUCCUCUCUGCAGCAAAUGCUGCUCACGGAGCAUCGUUGAAGGAGCGGCGACGAUUCCUCCGUCGAUCGGCGACGAACCCUCGACCCCGACGCGAUGCAGGCCAGAGACAAGAUGGUGGACGGCGUCCGCGUUCCCGACGCUAACGGGAAAGAUCCAAACCAGGACGGGCAGACCGAGGACCCCAAGUGGCAGAGACCCCGACUCACCCGAAAAUCUCUGAUGAAGUGCUGCCUGGUCAAGUGGAUCAUCGCCAGCACCAGCCAGCAGGGGCCAGAUGACAGCAGUGACAGUGACCUGGAACUCUCCAUGGUGCGUCACCAGCCCGAGGGCCUUGAGGAGCUCCAGGCUCAGACGCAGUUCACCAGGAAGGAGCUGCAGUCGCUUUACAGAGGCUUCAAAAACGAAUGUCCCAGCGGACUGGUGGACGAAGAGACGUUCAAGAACAUUUACGCCCAGUUCUUCCCUCAAGGAGAUGCGACCACCUACGCUCACUUCUUAUUCAACGCCUUCGACAUGGACCGGAGCGGCUCCAUCCGCUUUGAGGACUUCGUCAUUGGACUGUCCGUGCUGCUCCGGGGCUCCGUGACCGAGAAGCUCCGCUGGGCUUUUAAUCUGUACGAUAUCAAUAAAGACGGCUGCGUCACCAAGGAGGAGAUGUUGGCAAUAAUGACAUCGAUAUAUGACAUGAUGGGCCGGUACACGUUACCGAGCGUCCGAGACGAUUCUCCCUACGAGCACGUGGAGAAAUUCUUCCAGAAGAUGGAUCGCAAUCGAGACGGCGUGGUGACAAUGGAGGAGUUCAUAGAAACUUGUGAGAAGGAUGAGAACAUUAUGGCUUCCAUGCAGCUCUUUGAGAACGUCAUCUAACAUCUCCACGCAGACACAGCUCGUAACGCCGCACACUUCUUCCCGCCACGAGCUUCCUUGACGUCCAAUGACAUCGUAAUCCCUCCUGUAAGAGAACGCUGCCCAAGAUUCCCCAGGAUUUUUCAUACAUUCCGCCCAACGUUGUUCUCAUCUUUCCAGUAAAGUUCUAUGCAGACGAUUCACCGACGUUGCUUGAGGAAACUUUUUUUGCAGUUUAUAUUUUUUCCUUACUCCGUGAUAACUGAGGCUUGUUUUGUCUGCGAUGAGAGCAUGAGUGUCCCACGAUGCAUUGCAUGUGAUGCAAACCACACUGUUUUGACAGUUACGUAAGACAGUUAGUUAGCUAGACAGAGGUGGAAUGUAUCACGACUGUUACGUUAACCUAUGUUCAUUCAGAAAUUUUUUUUUUUUCGUCAAAAUGUCAUGUUGGCCCAAAAACAACUGCUAAAUAAAUAAUAAUAUAAUACUCUGCCUUCACUAACGUCACUCUGUUUCAUUCCAUCGCGUACGAAACAUUAAAACUUCAUCAAUUCCUUUUACAGUACAUAGCAGUGAAUUAGCGCCAUCUUCUUAUCUUUUGAGGUUGCAGGCAUUUUAAUUCACAUUUUCCAAGUUCCAACAAGUUGCACCGUGAGUUUCCUUCUUCUGGUUUGAGGCACAUGUCGUGACAGAGCUGCAGACAGAUGUGCCACUGUCUGCAGCGGGCCCUCAGGAGGACCCUUUAAACCGUGACACAAAGGAAACACUUGGUUCUUUCAUUUUUUGCCCGACGUUGUUGUUGACGCAGCUUCGGCGCUCGAACUUCUUUGGUGUCUUGUGACAAUUCUCCGUCUUGUUCCACGUCCUCUGGGACUAUUCUUAUCUCGGUGUCAUCGUCUUGAUAUGUCGCUGACAGGAAGUGUAGUCGAAAGUCGCUGCUCCCCACUGUGGUCUCUCUACAACGGGUUCCAUUCUGACGCCCGUCAUUAAAUCUAAAAUAAAACAUUCCUUACGUUGAACUUCUACGAACAGUUGUUCCCAGAGUGGGGGGGCGAGGCCCUCCGAGAGGACGUAGAGCUAUUGCUGGAGGGAGGUUUAGGAAGGGGGCGGGGGCACGACCAGAGUUCAUUUAGUUAUUCUCUACGGUUCUGCCACAGUGAAGGAAUUGCAGUCGUUUGUUGAUGUUCGAUAAAAAUAAAAUUUGUUUUUGUUAAAGUUCAGUAAACUUUUGAACCAAUGGCUGUGGACUUGAUAAUAGUUGUGAAGUCUUAUGUCUAAAGGAGCGCUGCAGCAACGUUUGGCUUUGUUGUGAGAGCCGUGAUUCGCGACGGAACGCAGCUGAUUUGCACGUUGUCCGUACGAUCGGUCGGAAAAAUAGUUCAAAUGAUCAUUAGCCACAUCAGACAGAAACGUCUGGUUUGUCCUGGUGACAGUCCAGACAGACGUGGGUGUGGUUGUUUACAGUGGACACAUGGUGCCUGUGUACAGUAAGAUCACUGGAUCAAAGGAGAUGUUUUAGGUAUAAACAGUCGUACACACACACGCAGUAUUUAUUGGUCUGAGUUUUGCGAUUUUGUUUUUGAACAUUUACCUUUUUUUAAGCUAACCCUCUGAGAACUUUCACCAAUUUCAAACUUAUUUUAGCCGUUGUUAGCUACUUGGCUAAAUGUUUGCUACAGAUGCAAUGCCCUGGCAUUUGACGUUCAGUUUUCCCAGUGUGAACUUUAUCUCGCCAAAAUCACGUCGUAGGAAAUAAUUAACAGAUUCACAUCGUGUUAUGUUAUUUAAAUAUUUGUUUAAAAUCAUUUAUUUUUUAUUCACACGUACGUUUCCAUGGACACCGCUGUACAGUUUAGCAAUUCCUUCCCCAACUUCGCAAGUACAAUCUUCUAUUUGAUCGGCCUUCCAUCGAACUUACUGUUAGUGUUAUGUAUUAAAUCCCACUGGAGACCACUUCCUGUCUCUACCUUCCUGUUUGUCGUCGAGUCAUCGGAUUCGUCUACAACUUUCCUGUGCUUUGAUUUGAUCCACUGAUAAAAAAAAAAACACCCUUAUUUAGACAGAAGACGUGUAUUAUUUGUUUUAUUUUAAUAAACACAUUAGCAUCCAUGAAUCAUAACUGGGUUUAAAUGACAGCAGGAAACUACAGGUUUUUUUACUCAGGUCUGAGUCCAAGCUGUGACGACGAAUCAGCGCAUCCAGCGUUUUCAGGGAUUAAGUGCACUUUUUACUUAUACUAUACAGAGCGUUUAAACCAGAAAUA